UACGACAAAUUUCUUCCUAAAUAUCUGCCAAGAACCAACUCCUUGGUCUGCAUUGAUUGUUCAGACCAUGGUCACUAUUUCUAGAAAACCACACCACACCCCAUAAAUAUUCUGCAGAACAAGUGCAAGAGACAAGAGAAAAACACCAUGAGACGGCAGAUACAAAGAAAUCCACUUCGAUCUGCACAAAGCACAAACGUUGUCUGUCCCUCACAAGCAGAAUCUAUAUAUACACACAAGCAGCGAAAACAGUUUGUGCAUCUCUCACAGUCCCAAAAGCAAAGCAAGAAAAAGGGUUUGUGAUAAUGGCAGAAAAGGAAGGAGGGGUUGUGAAGAAGGGUCACGAGGAGGGUCUGAAACUCGCCGUUUCACUUCUGCAAGAGUUCGAGCUUCCAGAGGGGCUUCUCCCUCUGCAAGACGUGAUCGAAGUGGGGCACGUGAAGGGCACGGGAUACAUGUGGAUCGUGCAGAAGAAGAAGGUGGAGCAUGAGUUCAAGAAGAUAAAGAAGUUGGUGAGCUAUGACAGUGAGAUAACAGGGUACGUUUCGAAGAAGAAGAUAAAGAAGCUGAAGGGUGUGAAGGCGAAAGAGCUUAUGCUAUGGCCUCCGGUGAGUGAGAUAACAGUGGAUGAGUCUCCGACGGGGAAGAUCCACUUCAAGAGUCUGGCUGGUAUCACCAAGACUUUCCCUGUUGAAGCUUUUGCUGCUGGCCAGUGACAUCUCCAUCUCCAUCUCCAUCUCUAGGACCAUCCAACAAAAAAUAAUACCUUCCUUUCUCGAUCUAUACUAUGUUUCAUGUAACAUGUG